GGACGCCAACGAGCCGGCAGCGAUCAACGAGCGCUUUAUAAAUCGAGUGUACAAGAAGUCGCGUCGCUUAUAUAAGUUCGUUCUGUCAAGCGUCACCUUUCAAUUGGCAACGGACGUCAAAUAAGCCAGCGACGAUCGUCGGAUUAACACUCCGCGUAUCCGAGAGGAUACAUCGUUUUCAAGAGGAAAACAUGUUUGCUAGAACAGGAUUAUUCCGAAGCUACCUGUCGCAUCUUGAGGCCUUGAACUACAGAGCCAUGCAUCUCUUGAGAAACAGUGCAUAUGUCAAUGGAAAUUGGAUAAGUGCCGCUAGCAAACAGACAUUUCCCGUUUGCAAUCCGGUUGACAAUGCUGUCAUCACUCGUGUUCCUGACAUGAACACUGCCGAUACUCAAGCAGCCAUCGACGCUGCUGCCAAAGCUUUCGAAUCGUUCAGCAAGACUACAGCCAAAGAGAGGAGCGACUUGCUUAGAAAUUGGUACAAUCUCAUGGUCAAACAUUCGGAGGACCUCGCCUGUAUCUUGACUAAAGAGAAUGGAAAGUCCCUCGCCGAGUCUAGGUCAGAGAUCAAGUAUGGAAGUGCCUUCGUGGAAUGGUUCUCGGAGGAAGCUAGAAGGAUAGACGGACAGAUUUUGCAGGCUCCUUUUCCCAAUAGAGAAUUAUUUUUAUUCAAGCAACCGGUCGGAGUAGCCGCUUUAAUCACCCCGUGGAACUUUCCACACGCUAUGAUCACUAGGAAGGCAGCCGCUGCCCUUGCUGCUGGCUGCACUUGCGUCGUGAAACCGUCCGAGGACACCCCGUUGUCUGCUCUGGCGCUAGCAGACCUAGCGGAACAGGCGGGCUUCCCCGCAGGGAUCCUGAACGUGCUCACCACGAGCGUGACAAACUCCCCUGCCGUUGGCCUGGAGCUGUGCGAGAAUCCCAAAGUAAGGGUGUUGUCGUUCACCGGUUCCACAGCCGUGGGGAAGAUCCUGUACAAGCAGUGCGCUUCGACCAUGAAACGACUCAGCCUCGAACUGGGCGGCAACGCGCCGUUCAUCGUGUUUAGAACCGCGAACGUCGACGUGGCUGUAAAUAGCGCCAUGGCAAGCAAAUUCCGCAAUACCGGCCAGACGUGCGUCUCGGCGAACAGAUUCUUCGUGGAGGACGACGUUUUCGACGAGUUCGUCGAGAAGUUUGUCCAGAGGAUCGACCAGGAAAUUAAGAUGGGCGAUGGCAGCAAAGAGGGUGUCACUCAUGGACCGCUCAUCAAGAAGAGCCAGUUAGACAUGGUGAACGGCUUGGUGAAGGAUGCGGUUCAGAAGGGGGCCAAGGUACAUUGCGGUGGUGGCCCAUUACCGGGUCUCGGUCCCCUAUUCUACGCACCUACCCUAUUAACUGGGGUGACUAGGGACAUGGAGGUGUACAAUAGGGAGAUCUUCGGGCCCAUAGCUGUCAUCAAUAAGUUUUGCAACGAGGAGGACGUGCUGAGACAAGCCAAUGACACGCCAGUUGGUUUGGCUGGAUACUUCUUCUCGCAGGACAUAUCCCAGAUAUUUAGAGUCGCGCGCAAGCUGGAGGUCGGCAUGGUGGGCGUCAACGAGGGAUUAAUUUCAUGCGCGGAGGCUGCCUUUGGUGGGGUGAAGGAAUCUGGCUUAGGAAGAGAAGGCUCUAGGCACGGAGUCGAAGAUUACGUCGAUAUCAAAUAUGUGUGCAUCGGCAACCUUAAGCGCUGAUUAUGAAAAGUUAGGGAUGUAAUAUGCAUUUUGAAUAGCAGCCAUUUGAUUAUUGAUAACAGAUGCUAUAAUUCAAUGCCAGACAAUAAUAGGCUAUACAAUUUAAUUAUAUAUCUUACAUAAGUAGAGAGGUAAAAACAGAGAUUUUAGGGUCUUCUAAACAUCUAAAUUCUAUAACUAGAGAUAUUUAAUAUUUUUUAUAUAAUGUUCCUAUUGUUUUGUUAACAUUUGUUUAUGCGCCAUAAUUUGCUGCAAGUUCCUAUUAUAAACAGUAGAAACAAUAUAUUUGAUCUAUUUUUGUAAAUUAAUUUCAAUUCAAGUAGCAUUAUUAGUAUCACAUACACUUU